AAUCAUUCAGAAUAGCCUAAUACGUCAUGAGAAGCCCUAUAAUUUAGCUACAGAGGACCAAUAGCUUCUUUUUUAAAUAGCCUAGCUGCGGAUUGUAGCCCAAUAACAAAGAAUAGCCUACAGUCGGGAACGCGAGGCAAAUCUGUCAGUGAAAAAACAGCAGGCAGACAAAACAGGCCUUUUGCAAUAUUUCAAAUACAAUCGAGGGAAAACAGGUUGGAAAGCAAUGACUCUUGCUGAAAAGAUAAGACUAUGCUGUAGACUACCAAAAUAUUUGAUCAAAACCCAAACAUUGUUUUACAAAACAGAGAGAGGGAGAGAUAGGCUUUUGACACGAGCGCAUCGACAAUCUCCAGCGAGUGAGCUGCGCAUCAUUGGUGGGAGCCGGUGGUGCGUGUGUUCAGUGCCGUGACGGGGGAGACCCUCUCAGUCUUGGGCACUGUGUUUCUCCUGAGUACGUCUGUGGCCAGGCUCAUGACCCUGGUGUCCCAGCAGUGUGGGCUUCCCGUCAGCUCCUUCAGACUGAGCUCUCCCACCGGCCUGCAACUCUACGACUGCAACCGGCUGCACGACUACGCCAUUGACCUGGGGGCUAUUCUACGGUUGGACACCUGGGAUGGGUGGGCGGAGUUCCUCAGAGGCUGCUUCCUGGGACACAGACUGACCGUCCAACGACACCUGUCUAGGGAGAGACCUGUGAGGAGGUUCCAGCUCCGGGUGGCACUCUACAUCGCUGCUUCUCUGGGCCACUUGGACCUGGCCGGCUGGCUGCUGGAGAGGGGGGUGCGUGUCAUUGAGCCGGUGGGGGUUCACCCUUACCGUGAGUGGUGCCACCAGACGGCCCACCCCGACGUCGCCAAGUGUCCCGCUGUUGCCUCCAUCGAGCGCGGCCAGCUCACCAUCCUCAAACUCUUUUUCGCCAUCAGCGUUCUGACCCUUGCCUGUCGGGGAAGUGUGUGCGUCACCUGGCCACCAAGCUGUGCUCUGUGGUGGUCCUCCCAGGUAUGGCCCUGCCCAUGCGGACAUACCUCCAGAUAAAGGUAUCAGGGUGAUGUCCAAAGCCUCUCGACGUUUGACCCCCAUCAACUGCCCAUCUCAUGUAUCCUGCCCGCUCCGCCCCCUGGCAUCCCAGGAUAAACCUCUUCAACUACCGAAGCUACACCCUGUGGCCACGAGGGAUGAAAGAGAGAAGAAGAGGGGAUGGGAAGGGAUGUGAGGAGGAUGAGAGUGGGGAUCAGAACAGCAACCAAUGGAGGAGCAGAGUCCCGCUCCCGCCCAUUUCCAGAGACACCAAUCUCAGACCUGUGUUUGCCUCGCCAAAUUCCGCCCAGAUACUCACCACCUCACUGGAGGCCUUUUCUCCCCACUGCGACCGCACAUCCAGAGAAAACGCCAUAUACUGUUUGGCCUUGGCCAGGUUAGUCCAAGUUUAAAUGACAGCUACGGUGAAUAUGAAUAUUUCUCUGGAGGUUUCUUAUGAAAGGUGUGAAUACUGUCAGAAGAAGCCUCCUAUAAUCAGUGGUGGGGGGGGGGACACAUGUAAAAGCUGUUUACACACUUUUUAUUUUAUUUUGUUCAAGCAUUUACCCACCUUUUGUGGAAGAUGCAUUGAAAGUAGAGGGAGCGUUACUUCUUUAAUCCUGAACGGCAAUCAGCAUUUACCAGUCAAUGUUUUUACCACUACAUCACUGCCUAUGAUAUACCCUUAUCCUCCCUGAAUAGAUUUCAGUACAAACAAAUCAUGAGCCAACCAUCAUGCUUAGAAGGUAUAUAGUCAAAUCAAAUCAAAUCAAACUUUAUUUGUCACAUGCGCUGAAUACAACACGUGUAGUUCUUUCUGUGAAAUACUUUACUUACAAGCCCUUAACAAACAGUGCAGUUCAAGAAGAGUUGAAGAGAAUAUUUACCCAAUAAACUAAAGUAACAAAUAAUAAAACAGUUGAACUUGUCCAGAGGCCAUUUGAUUAAUUGUUCAGCAGUCUUAUGACUUGGGGUUAGAAGCUGUUAUAGGUUUACCCUAACAAGUCCUGAAACAAAUCAUGGGGCGGCAGGGUUAGAGCGUUGGACUAGUAACCGGAAGGUUGCAAGUUCAAAUCCCGAGCUGACAAGGUACAAAUCUGUCGUUCUGCCCCUGAACAGGCAGUUAACCCACUGUUCCUAGGCUGUCAUUGAAAAUAAGAAUUUGUUCUUAACUGACUUGCCUAGUUAAAUAAAAUAAAAAUAAAUUAAAAAAUGAGCCAACUAUCAUGCUUAGAAGGUAUAUAGUGUCAGUCUUAUUGGUUCACCCUAACAAGUUGUUUCAGUAUGGGGAGAGGAUAGAAUGUAAGGGCACUUCAUUAAUGUAUUGAGGCCAUUACAUAUACAGUAUUUCACAAUGCUAGGACACAGAUUUGGUCUCCUAACCUUGUUCUGGUUGAUUGACUCUCUAACAGUGCCUUCACACAGAGACCAUGGUUGCAGCAGCUGAAUGUAGCGCGGACUCUGUCCAGGAGGAGUGCUCAGCACAUUGGGUAGACACCAGGAUCCUGGUCAUUAGGCAGAUUAAACAUACUGAAACAAGGAGGGACAACCUGGAAUUGUCCAAAAAGGAACUCUUAUCUAAUUUUUUUUACAGUGAACAAGAUGAGACUUUGGAACGGAUGAUGCCUGAAACAAUGCGGACGACUUAGAAUUUCGUUCCUUUGGAUGAGGCUUAUAGAUAUAGUCAGUACUGUGUUUGAUUUGUGUGCAGAAAGUUUACAACGGCAGGCAGUGGAUUCUCAGUCAUUCCUAUUCUCAAGUAACAAAAACGCAUCAUAUUUCACUGGCUAUUUGUAGUAGCCAAAUGUGAAUGGAAUUAUAAUUAUUCUAGAAUCAUUCAGUUGACUGAAUGUGACUGUGGUUGUACUGAAUGUGACUAUGUGGUUGUGCUGUAUGUGAUUGUACUGAAUGUGAUAGUAAGUGUUUGACAUGGGUCUAAUUGAGGCUCCAACCCCCUGCCUUAAAACUCUUUUAUUAAGAUGUGGAUCAUUAUUGCUCAUAUGAGUCUGUGCAGUGUCAAAAUAAUACAUACUGUAUUUCACAUAGAGUAUUCGACAAACUCUUUAUUUACGUUACAAAACUGACAACUACUGUGACGAUGUGUUAGCACAGCAUGUGUCAUCAUUCCCCUGCAGUGUGUGGAUUUACACAGCAAUAUAGCAGACAGCUUAAAUAGUUUAUUUUUAUUUAACCUUUAUUUCACUAGACAAGUCAGUUAAGAACAAAUUCUUAUUUACAAUGAUGGCCAAACUCGGACGACGCUGGGCCAAUUAUGCGGCACCCUAUGGGACUCCCAAUCACUACCAAAUCCAAUAUCACACACUUCUUCCUUAGUAUUCUGAGAACUAUGAGUGGAUCGUGGACCCAUGCAUAAAUGAUAACUUUGCUGUGGGGCAAGUAGAACAUCCGGGUUAGUGUAUGUGCAUUAUCUGGAGAGUUGAUUGUCUUUGUCUCGAAGCCUUUCCAUUUCUGGGGUAUUGAAGAAGCUUCUGAUCUCAACCUUGUUGACAGGUAAGAAACACUUGGUUAGUGUAUGUGUCUUAUCCAAUGGGUUGUCAGGUGAACGUUGAAGAUGCUUCUUGGAGGUGAUCUAAUGAUGUCAUUGAAUCGCUGUCAUUGAGUUGCUCACUGGACAAGACAAUUAUUCACUGAAAAUUAAAUCUGUCUUUCAUUUCACUUAUGUUGAUACUUGAUUGGCUAUUUGCUGUCUUUUGAAAAUACAAAAAUAAAUAUAACUGUUUUAUGAA